CAUUUAUUGGUGUUGGCCGCGACCCACACACCUUUGGCCUCAUCGCUGACCUGGGCCGUCAGAGCUUCCAGUGCGCAGCCUUCUGGUGCCAGCCCCAUGCAGGGGGACUCUCCGAAGCUGUGCAGGCUGCCUGUAUGGGCUUCCGGCAACCCGCCUGGCCCUGGACGUGUCUCAACUGGCCCGCGUGAGGGGCCGCCCCGGAAAUGACGCGCUGCCCCACUGGCCAAGCGGAAGUGGAGAUGGCGGAGCUGUACGUGAAGCCGGGCAACAAGGAGCGCGGCUGGAACGACCCGCCGCAGUUCUCAUACGGGCUGCAGACCCAGGCCGGCGGACCCAGGCGCUCGCUGCUUACCAAGAGGGUUGCCGCACCCCAGGAUGGAUUCCCCAGAGUCCCCGCAUCAGAGACUUCUCCUGGGCCUCCCUCAAUGGGGCCUCCACCUCCUUCAAGUAAGGCUCCCAGGUCUCCACCUGUGGGGAGUGGUCCUGCCUCUGGCGUGGAGCCCACAAGUUUCCCAGUCGAGUCUGAGGCUGUGAUGGAGGAUGUGCUGAGACCUUUGGAACAAGCAUUGGAAGACUGCCGUGGCCACACAAGGAAGCAGGUAUGUGAUGACAUCAGCCGACGCCUGGCACUGCUGCAGGAACAGUGGGCUGGAGGAAAGUUGUCAAUACCUGUAAAGAAGAGAAUGGCUCUGCUGGUGCAAGAGCUUUCAAGCCACCAGUGGGACGCAGCAGAUGACAUCCACCGCUCCCUCAUGGUUGACCAUGUGACUGAGGUCAGUCAGUGGAUGGUAGGAGUUAAAAGAUUAAUUGCAGAAAAGAGGAGUCUGUUUUCAGAGGAGGCAGCCAAUGAAGAGAAAUCUGCAGCCACAGCUGAGAAGAACCGUACCAUACCAGGCUUCCAGCAGGCUCCAUAGUCCUCGGUUCCCCAGACUAACCGGACACCAUCUCCUAUGCCUUGGAGGCCUUCUAUCACUUGGCUCCCUUCUUACCACCACCAAGACUGUCCCACUGGGCCUGACCCACCUAUGAGGGAAGAAGUCCCACCUGGGCCAGAGGGAGUUCAUGUGUUACUCAUAACAUGCAUUUCAAUAAAAACAUCUCUGAGGUGGGCCUUGGGUAGGAGAGAUGAACCCUUCCUAUGCCAAGCUAGUCCCCUCUGGUGUCCUCGA